CAGCAGCAGCAGCAGCAGCAGCAGCAUCGAACCCUCACUAAGAUCCGACCCGGAGUUCAGACGCGACGCGACGAGACGGGACUUUUCACCGAGAUGCAGGGCCUGAGCUCCCGGGCGCAUGCGUUCUCGGUGGAGGCGCUGGUCGGGAAACCGUGCAAAAGGAUGAAAGUGUGUGAAGGACACGAGCCGAAGUCGGACACGGACCGCGGCUCGGACCCGAGCAUCUUCACCGGUGAGAUGGAGAAAAGAGAAACGAGCGGAAUUUCCAGAUCAGCCAACUUCGUAAAAAGUAAAAAAAAACAAUAUUUUUUACGCCAAAGGAAGAAAGCAGGUUCCGCACCGAGCCGGCGGUCGGAGCCGGAGCUCGAGAGCGAGGAGGAGGAGGAGGAGGAGGAGACCGAGGCUGCAGCCGGAGGAGAGGAGGACAAGCCCAGGGAGAGCAACUGCCGCCCGGACAGAGAGAUCCGAGUGGAGCUGCAGGGCUCCGAGCUGUGGAAGAGGUUCUAUGAGAUCGGAACCGAAAUGAUCAUCACCAAGGCUGGAAGGAGGAUGUUUCCAUCCGUGCGCGUCAAGGUGAGCAACCUGGACCCGUGCCAACAGUACUACGUCGCCAUGGACGUCAUGCCGGUGGACUCCAAACGCUACAGGUACGUGUACCACAGCUCGCAGUGGAUGGUGGCCGGGAACACGGACCACUCCUGCAUCACACCCCGGCUCUACGUGCACCCGGACUCGCCGUGCGCGGGGGAGACGUGGAUGCGUCAGGUGAUCAGCUUCGACCGGGUCAAACUCACCAACAACGAGAUGGACGACAAGGGACAUAUUAUCCUCCAGUCAAUGCACAAAUACAAGCCGCGGGUUCACAUCAUCCGUCACAACCCCCGACUGGACCUGUCUCAGAUCCAGUCCCUGCCGGCUGAAGGAGUUCACAGCUUCUCCUUCCCAGAGACGGAGUUCACCACGGUCACAGCCUAUCAGAACCAACAGAUCACGAAGCUGAAGAUCGACAGGAACCCGUUCGCCAAGGGUUUCAGAGAUCCAGGAAGGAACAGAGGUGUGUUGGACGGUUUACUGGAGUCGUACCCCUGGAGGAGCCCUUUGAGUCUGGACUUGAAGCCCUUCACCAUACAGCUCCAAGGAAGCUCCGGUUCUCUGUCCAGCAGCGUGAAGCACCUCCUCCCUCUCUCCUCCUCCCCGUCUCUUCACCCGUUCUCCGUUUCCACGCUGACCUGCCAAGAUUCUCCUCUCCCCACCAUCGCGCUCCCGCUCGGCUACGGCAAGACCUCCAUCGCCUCCCCCGGCCUCUCCCCCCAGCCCAGCAGGGCCUUCUCCUCCCUGGGAGCGGACAAACUCCGAGGCCUGCACCCGGCCUCCCCCCUCACGGAUCUCCCCCUCUUCUCUGCUCUGCAGGGAAAGAAACCCCCUCCCAACAGAGACCCCUGUCUUCGGGGUUUUUCCGGGACCACGCCCUGCAUCAUCCCCCUCCACUCCCCUCUUCACCCGCACGCACCGUCUCUCUUCCCUCAUCUCUCUGACGCCGUCGCCCCCUACUGUCUGUAUCGCUACAGCCUCCCUCUAAGUCCGCAGAUCACAGCGUUAGCCCAACACGCCAAGCUGGCCGAGGACGCCACAGACUGUCUGCUGCGCCAGUCUCCGUGGCAUCCCUCCCCCGCCUCCACCCCCACUGCCACCACCAACCACUGCCUAUGACAACUGGCGCCACCUCCAGGCUCCGGCCCGUUGAGAAUAAGACGGCAGAAGUCGCUCUGGUUCGAUGAACAGAUGUAAGAACUGUUCCUGGAUCAGUCGACAGUCGACGCUCUGAACCCAGAAGAGACUUAAAAAGGACUAAACAGACAUUUGUUUUUAGCCAUGAUGUAUGUGUGUGGACAGACUGCAUUACCAAAGCUCACCAGCAGUAGCACCUGAGGUAUGUGAUGUGUAACCUUCGAUUCUAAUUAAAGUUUUUUUUUCAUAUAUUUUUCUCCUUGUUAGGUCAUUCACCAGCUUCACAACUAUAUUUUCAUACAAAAUCUUAAUGACUUUAAACUGUCAAUUCAAUAAAUGUCAUUAAAACUGCACUCAGG